AUGGCAACAACACCUCCCGCCCGCCGGCUCAUCGGCCUCUCGACAAAAAUGUACUUUUCACAAUCACACAACCGCGAAGUCACACAAGGCUUCCUCACUCACCUCUCCAGCAUCACCGCAGAGUCGCUCUCCGACGUCGACAUCUUCAUCAUCCCCGACUUUGUGUCCCUCACCGAAACCAUCAACCUCCUCAAGUCAUCCCCCGUCCCGAUCUGGCCCGGAGCCCAGGACUGCCACUGGGAAGACAGCGGCGCAUUCACAGGCGAAGUGAGUCCCGCUGUGCUGAGCGAAGUUGGCGUCAAGAUUGUGGAAGUUGGACACGCCGAGCGACGGAGGCUGUUUGGCGAAGAUGACGCAACGGUGGCGAAGAAAGCUGCUGCGGUGAGCAGGAACGGCAUGAUUCCCCUGGUGUGUAUCGGAGAGCAGACACGGGGGGAUAUUGGCGUUGCUGUUGAUGAGUGUCAGACGCAGGUUGAGGCGGUGAUGGGGGGUGUGCCGUCGACGGCGGAAGUGGCUUUGGCGUAUGAGCCGGUUUGGGCGAUUGGAGCGAGUGAACCUGCUGGGGAGGAACAUGUCCUGCGGGUGGUUGAAGGGAUUAGACGGCUUGAUUGUGUGAAGUCGAGACGGGGAGUUACGAGGGUGGUUUACGGUGGGAGUGCGGGACCUGGGCUGUAUGAACGGUUGAAGACUGGCCUUGAUGGGUUGUUUUUGGGGAGGUUUGGUCAUGAUCCGGAGAGGUUUGUGAAGACGAUUCGGGAAGUUGCAGAGGCUUAA